ACAAUUUUUCAUCUUUUUGAAAUGUAAUUAAUGGAAAUGAACUGAAAUGUGUUAAUAAUGCAUACACUAACAAUUUACUACAUAGCUAGCUAAUCAUCAUCACUGCUAACAUUAUUUAACUUUACUCUGAUAGCUUCUUCCACAAAUAAUGUACGUCCUUUAUUCAGCUUGGAAUUGUGUGUUGUUGACUCUCCAACAAUUCUGGACACAUCUUCGAAGGUUAGUUUCAGCAGUACUGACAAAGAUGAGGUGAAAAUCUUUCCAUUUUCAACCAUUAUUAUAAUACUCAUGUUUCUGUCGUAAACAAUUAUUUUACCCUGUAUCUACAUGCUUCUGGUUUUUGCGAAAAGCAUCCCUAUUGGUACCUCAAAAGGUACUUCUGGUACUCAAAUAGCUGUACACUUUCCUACCGUGAACAGGUUACAAUCCUCAACUGACCUGCCUGCACAAAAGAAAACCACUCCACACACUUAGCCAGCUAGAAGUUAGCAACCAAAAUGCACUGAACGCUUGUAAUUGCUAGCCUGAAAUAAAUUUUGUUGUUAAUGUGUAGUUAAUGAGCAGCCUGUGAGUUCAUGUGAGAGGAAUGCGUGCAUGUCAAGUUUCUGUAAAACAUGUCACAUCAAUUCUGAUCUGACUGUUCAUAUCCGAUCUGUAUUGGAUUUCAGUAUCAAAUAUGAAAGUGACUCAGAAUGGAAUUGCAUCUAUCCAUUUUUAUAUCGCUAAUCCUACACAGGCUCAAAGGGGAGCCUGGACCCUAUCCCAGGGGACUCAGGGCACAAGGCAGGGGACAUCCAGGAUGGGGUACCAACCCAUCGCAGGGCACAAUCGCACGCACACACACCCCUUCACACACUACGGACAAUUUAAAAAUGCCAAUCAGCCUACACAGAGGAAACCCUCAAAUCACGGGGAGAACAUGCAGACUCCGCGCACACAGAGCAGAGGCGGGACUCAGAAUGGAAAUGCAUAUGCCUUUUUCGAUGUGAUUCAGUGGUGAUUCAAAUUGAUUCAGUGAUGGAAAAAAUGUCACAUAUGACCAAAAACAAUUGUUGCUUUUACCUGCAUUCAGUUACAAAACCUAUUUCAUUGUGAUGUUUUUUUUUUUCUUUCGUAAUACAGAUUUUCCAAGGAAUUAUUUGCUGUGAAAGUGGUACCGAUCUAUAUUUCUGCACACAGUGUUUGAGAAACACUAUUCACUUAAGCAGCCACUUGCAUGGGAGUGUGUGUGUGUGUAUGUGUGUGUGUGUGUUUGUUUUUAUCAAGUCCGAGGAAGGGUUGGACUUUCCUUUUGUCCUCAACUCACAGGUCAUCGUUUCAUGUUUUACUUGCUGUUUGUUUCCUGCUCCCAUUGGCGUAUUGUAUUAUUAUGCCUCAGUCUUUGGUGUUCCUCUCGUGCGACAUGAAAGCCGCUGCAAGCCGACUCGCCCUGUGUCAGUGCUUUAGUUUCACGCUGAGGGCUGAGAUCCAGUGCUGUAUACACUGUUUGCACAGUGUAGCUUUCAGGAUGAGCUGCUUUCUGUGCUGUUCUUUUAUGGAAAGAGAUGUAAUGAUCGGUUUGUAGUCAUUCUAAGUAAACACAUACGGUGUAAUGACUGGCUGGGUGGGAUGGGCCGUGUUUGUACGCGCAACUUUCCCGUCUGUCAGCGCUGAUUGAUGGGCGUUUUCUCAGCCUUGGAGCGCCUGAGGAAAGAAAGAACCCUUUUUAUAGGCAGACAACACACCUUCGUUGGAAAAAAGGAAGCGUUUUAUUGCAGCAUCUUUAAACUUCGCAGAGGAAAACCAUUCUGACGGCAGAUGAUUCGUCAGCUGUGGGGACAGUGGUGGUGUCUCGCCUGAAAAUGGGAGAGAUUGAGGAUGGAGGUGUGGACCACAUUGCCACUGAUACACACCAGAAGUGCACUCUGGUGUGUGAGCCUCAUGGGACCACAAACGACAAGGAUAACGGGCCACUGAUGAAUGCAGUGUUUAAGAACCCGGUGUGUAAAGUGUACAAGUUUCAGACGACGGACAGCAAAUGGAUGCUGGUGAGGGAGCAGAUGGCUGAGUGCACUUUGUCCUUCAGCAUCCCCAUCCAGCUCCUUAGGCUGUACAUCCAGGAGGACAGACACAGGAUCCAGGAGCUGAACAAUCUGGGUGAGCUCUCACAACACUGGGACAACCUGAGGAGAGACGUCAUCGCUCGCUACAGCCAUCUCAUCAAAACCUACCAGGACACACUCGCUGAGCUGGAGAAGUUCACUGGUCCUUCAUUCAAGCCGAGCUGCAACAAGGCACAGAAAUACCUGGAGUUCAUUCCCAUUAAUCUGCACACACAGCGCAUGAGGGUGACGUGUCCUAGGAAAACAGACGCUUUCUACGAUGUGAUCACAGUUGGAGCUCCAGCCGCUCACUUCCAGGGCUUCAAGAAUGGAGGCCUUCAGAAGCUGCUCAACCGAUAUGAGGCAGAGAAGAAGAGUUACAGCACGGCGUAUCAGUGCAUCUACUACUCUCCAGAACACACAGCCAAGGCCAGAGAGAUCCUGAGCAUCGUGGCCCAGCUGCAGCCCCUCAUCUGCGGCCUGGCUGAGAGCCUGCUCCUCCAGGCCCAGCAGCGCUGCAGCCACAGCCUCCGGGAGGCUCUCAAGAGUCUGGAGGAAAAGACGGAGCAGUUUGUGCACUCUCUGAAGGACGAGUUGGUGAAGAAUGCUCUCUUCGCGCUACACGCAGCACGACCUGGCUACAUGAACAAAAGCCAGAUUUCCAGCCAGCCUGAAACACACUUGACCCAAACCGUGACCUCGGACGUGACCCCGAACCAAAACCAGAGCCGUGAGCCAAACGUUGUCGUCUGCAACAACGUUUCUGGAUCUCAGACGCCCCCUAAAAGUGAAGCUCGCCAGCCCCUUAAACACCAAGACCUUCCCCAUCAUGAGGAGUAUGAUGAGGAGGAAUGGGACAGGGUGUGGGCCAACGUGGCCAAGGGUCUGAAUUGCGUCAUUGCCAUGGUGGAUAAGCUACAGGAGCAGGACAACAACAACCAGGAGUCUGCUCCUGACCAGGCGCUCGCUGACGUCAUUACCUCCCACAGUCCUGCUGCAGACUGGAGGGAGCAGCUCAGCCCCUUGGUGGUGGCGCUAAAGGACUGUGUAAACGAGGUGGCAGACAGAGCGAGCAAGUCAAUGAGUUUUGUUCUCCUCCAGGAGGCGGCGUGCAGCACACCGUCUGGCCUGCAGCUCCAACAGAGACGUGACACUGUAUUCAGCCAAGCGCUGGCUGCACUAGCCUGUGGUUUUCUCAUGCGGCUGUACUCUGGAAUAGAGGACAAAGGCUUCAUCAGGCAACUGCACACAGUGGGAGUGGUGGCCCAGUUCGAGAGCCUGCUCAGCACAUACAGUGAGGAGAUAGGCAUGCUUGAGGAUAUGGAGGUGGGGAUUUCCGAUCUACAAAGAGUCACAUUCAGAAUCACAGAAGCUGCUUCCGAUGACCCCAGCAAUCUGCAGCCAUCUGUCAGUGGCAGACGAGACCAUUACACUGUAGAGGUGCCGCUUCCACUCCAAACCUUCCAGACAUUACCAGAUGAAGUGCGUCAGGGCAAGCUGCUGCAGGUCUUCCCCGUGCUCUUCAACGUGGGCAUCAAUGAACAGCAGACAAUCGCUGAGAGGUUUGGGGAUAUAUCCUUACAGGAGAGGAUAAAUCAGAGAAAUUUUGACAUUUUAGAGACAUAUUAUAAGUCACUCAGUGACAGGAUUCCAUUAGAAUGUCUGCCUUCUUUUCAGAUGCAGCAAGAUGUUAAGGAGCUGCUUGAAACAUUGGGCCAGAGUGUAGUGACCAAGAAGAGGAAGAAUGUGGAAAUCCUCUGGCUCGCAGGAGCGAUCUGUCGGCGGCUUAACGGCAUCCGCUUCACCAGCUGUAAAAGUGCCAAAGACAGGACGUCCAUGUCAGUGACACUGGAGCAGUGUGCCCUGCUGAGGGACGAGCACCAGCUCCAUAAGGACUAUUUCGUCCGGGCAUUGGACUGUAUGCGCAGCAGUCGGCUGGCCCAGGGCGAGGGUGCCCAAUGGGACGACCCUGAGGCAGGCUCUGUAGCCAAUCACAAGCCGGCGCCACGCCAAUUCUACCCAAUCGCUCUUCUGCUCGUUAGCUCUCACCUGCUGGUAGUGUGGCUCAUUUUAAGUCUUGUUUUCCUGCUUGCAAAAUAUCAAUAAACUGCUGAUUAUACCAUAAUGACCCUCGUGCUGUCUAACUUUGUUCUCUGCUCGCUCUGGGUGUGAAAAGCACCUUCUCUCUUCUGCUGUGUCUCUGGGGUAUACUUGUUUACUCACUUAUCAUUUCCCUCUGCUAUAAUCCUCUUUAACAGCUAUCUCUGGGGUUUGCUUGUUUUGUUUCCUACUUCACAGCAGUUGCACAUUCGAAAGCUAGUCAUUAUGUCUUAUGUAGUUAUGUAGGUGACAGAAUUUCCAACCCAGGCUGUAGAUAGUUCAGUUCAGCGACACAUUACAGCAGUGAGCAGCACCGAGGUCAGUUUUGGUCUUAUUUCUCCUGAGGCCAUUAUCAUCAACUCCCACUGCCAGAAGCUGCAGGACGAAUCCAUUGCCCUGGCCUCUGUCGUAAUGCAUCAUUCACGUUCUGACUUGAAAAGUCAUGCAAGUUGUCCUUUCGAUAUUUAGAUCAUUCAUCUAGAUUUGUUUAAUAGGACUUCACCUUUAAAUAUUUGUUCAGGAUGUUGUGUUCAUGACGAACUCUUGUUCAAACGUGUAAAUAUUUUAUUUUAUCCUUUAUUCAGCUCUAAAUAUCAGAUCAGACAUGAUCCAGCUCCUACACUAGGUGUAUCCUGCCAAUGGAGGAUUUUGAAACAAACAAUGCAGUGGCCUUUUACACAGUUAAACCCUCAUGACCUCAAAGAACAGAUUGCAAUCUUUAGUGGUGUUAUGCUGUUUAGUCUUAUUAAAAUUUAUCUGCAGUCUAGCUGCCAGUGACUCUACAAAUCUCUCAAUAAAAUAAUAAAAGUGUAAUAUUUGAGGACUAAAAUGGGGCCUGCUGUUACAGGAAACUAAUCCAUGCUGUGAUGGUGUACCACCCUGUUAUCAACCCAAAAUUGAUUCAUUUCCAAUAACAGCACAUCCCAAAGUGUUUUAUUCGCCUUAUCCUACAGCAAUUCGCCAACGAUUACAAUUUAACGAAUGACCAGGGAUUGACCAUGACCCUGACCAAGAUAAAGUGGUUACUGAAGAUGAAUGAAUGAAAUAAUGUUAAAUGACACAUCAUGCUUUUUAACCAUUUAGAGUUCCAUUUAAUGUUGUUGAACAUCUGCAAGACAAGUUCCUGUUAUCACCUAUACUACGGUAAUUUACAGCACAGCUUGGGAUGUCACUGAGAAUCCGAAACUUUUCUGUCCUGGAGACUUUCCCAUGGCAGAAAAGUUACUAUCUCUUACAAAGCACUGACACUGGAGGCUCCUUCCAUAGAUAAUAAAUAAUCAUCUCCUCAGUCGACGCUUCACCAUAUCAACAGUCUUAAUAAUAAUAAUAACUUUUAUUUAUAUAGCGCCUUUCCAACACCCAAUAUCAUAUCAUACUAUAUUAUAUCAUAUUAUACUAAGAUUAUGUAGAUCGUCCUCCAUGCAUGUACCUGUGAAUGAGUUGUUGCUAUAGAAAUGAUAACAUAUUAGAACAAGUGCAUUAAUAUAAACCUGUGAUUUGAAUUACAGCCAGCACUACAGUCAGAAAAUUAAUGAACACCUUCUGACCAAUCAGAUUCAAGAAUUCAUAGCAUUGUGGUAUAGUUAAGAAAUUAUUGCUCAAACCAGCCUGCUGAUGUUAUGUUUUAUGUUUAAAAAAAAAUAAUAAAAAUUUGUCUAGCUAGUGUAUAUAUGAAGUAUAAACCCUGAAGAGAAAUUUGAGAUGCAAUUAUAUGUACAGCUCAGUAAUGUGUUAAUGCAGAUGGGCAUCAUCAGCAUUACUCUCAUUCUCUCAUAACUCCAUUGUCAUCUCUCCCUCUCUCCAUCU